CCUCACUUCCUGCUACCCCUCUACUUAUCCUUCUAUCAACUUUCUUUAAAAACCCUCUAAUCCCCCACUAUCCGACUUCCGUUUCCUCCCGCUUCCCACAAUGUCAUCCGCCUUGUUGGACGAGGCUGCGCGGAUUGCCCGCCAGUUCGACUUCCCCGCCGAGGGGGUCCAACGCGGGGUCAAAGAGUACAUCCGGGAGAUGGAUGAGGGACUGAGCAAGGAGGGCACAACUCUGAGCCAAAUCCCGACGUUCGUUACCUCAGUACCAAAUGGCACAGAGAAGGGACUGUACCUAGCCGUAGAUCUUGGUGGUACCAACUUUCGCGUGUGCUCAGUAGAUCUACACGGCGACACUACCUUUUCUCUGACACAGUCUAAAAUCAUGAUCCCUCGUGAAUUGAUGGCUUCCGGCACCUCCAAGGAUCUCUUCACCUUCUUGGCUCGCCAGAUCGAAGCUUUCCUGCGUAUCCACCACAACGAGCACUUUGAAGCCCAUCUCCAACGUCGACGUGAAGGAAAGGGCGAAGAAGAAUUGUUUGAUUUGGGCUUCACUUUCAGUUUCCCCGUGCGCCAGGUCGGCAUCAACAAGGGAACCCUCAUUCGCUGGACGAAGGGCUUCAACAUUCCCGACGCCGUUGGCCAUGAUGUCUGCGCGUUAUUGCAAAGUGCGCUCGAUGCUCUGGAGCUCCCCGUGCGCGUGGCCGCUCUUGUGAAUGACACAGUUGGAACCCUGAUGGCCCGUUCAUACACCUCCCCUGGUGAAACGGGAACCUUCCUGGGUGCCAUCUUCGGCACGGGUACCAACGGUGCCUACGUCGAGAAGCUCGACAAGAUCUCUAAGAUGGCUACGAUCGAACAUUCCGACUACGAUAAGACAACGGGUGAAAUGAUCAUCAAUGCUGAAUGGGGUAGCUUUGAUAACCACUUGAGUGUCUUGCCCAACACCGUCUACGACCAGCAGCUAGAUGAGGAGAGCAACAACCCUGGCAUCCAGAUGUUCGAGAAGCGAGUUUCUGGAAUGUUCCUCGGUGAGAUUCUGCGCCGUGUCCUGGUUGAUCUGCACCGCAAUGAAUCUCUGGGUCUAUUCAAGCCCAGCGCCUCGUCGGAUGUGGUUGUGCCAGAAAACGCUACGCUCUUCCGUCAAUGGGGCCUUGACACCAGCCUCCUGAGCUUGGUUGAAGCGGACAAUAGCGAGAGCAUGGAGCCUACCAAGACGGCAUUGAAGGACCACUUGAAGAUCGAAGGGGCCAGCACCACGGACUGCAAGGUUGUCAAGACAAUCGUGCAUGCCAUUGGCAAGCGCGCUGCUCGUCUGAGCGCCGUGCCUCUUGCUGCCACCCUUAUCGCCACCAAGAAACUCGAGACCGAUGAUCUGGUGGACGUUGGUGUCGACGGCAGCUUGGUCGAGUUCUACCCUAACUUUGAGGGAUACAUGCGUGACGCCUUGCGUGAGGUGCCCGAGGUAGGCGUUGCCGGCGAUAAGAAGGUGCGCAUCGGUAUCUCGAAGGAUGGUAGUGGUGUUGGUGCGGCGUUGAUUGCCCUGGUGGCUAGCAAGGAAGAAGCCAGGAUGAAGGCCCAGUAG